GGAACUAAUUAACUUCUGUAUAAAUAUAUGCCCAUUACAGCUUCUUUUAAACCAAAUCACAACUAUCAUUUAUUAUUCUUUCCAGAGCUCAUUCUAUUACACAAUGGCUACUAAAUUUUCCUUCUCAAUUCUAGCCAUUUCAUUGCUGCUAGUCGUUGCUUCUGCAAAUCUUAAUGAGGGGCAUUUUCCUGUUGAAUUUAGUUACACGGGUUUAAAAGGACCAGCGCACUGGGGAAGGUUGAAUAAAUCUUUCUCACCAUGCUCGAUGGGGAAGCAUCAGUCUCCAGUUAACAUUUUAACCAACCAAACCCACAUCGACACAGCUUUGGGACCCUUAGCCAAGAAUUAUAUCCCUUCUGCAAAUGCCACAAUCGUCAAUUUAGGCUUUGUUAUUGUGGUACAUUAUGAGGAAGAAAUUGGAGAGUUGGUGAUAAAGGGUAAGAAAUACACCUUCAAACAGAUGCACUGGCAUACUCCUGCGGAGCACCGAAUUGAUGGACAAAUAUUUGCUGCGGAGCUCCAUGCAGUCCAUUUGGCGGAUGAUGGCAGUGUUGCAGUUCUCUCAGUCCUUUACAAGUAUGGUAACCCGGAUCCACUUCUCAAUAAGAUAAGUAAAUACUUGCAUGAGCUUGGUGGGUCAAGCAAUCAUAAAGGAGUUAAUAAUAUUCCAAUGGGAAAAUUGGAUACCCAUCACUUGAGGCGAAAGACAAAUAAAUAUUAUAGAUACAUGGGUUCUCUCACUACUCCUCCAUGCACUGAAGGUGUCACCUGGACUGUCCUUGCCAAGGUGAGGUCAAUUUCGAAGGAGCAGGUAGAGGCUUUGAGAGCUCCAUUGGCGUCACAUAACAAGAGAAAUGCAAGGCCUUUGCAGACUCUGAAUGGAAGAACUGUUGAACUCUACAAAGUUAAGAAAGGUCAUCAUCUUCUUCAAGUUUAGAUGCCAUAUUGAAACAAUAGAAAUUGUACACCGCCUUUGUCCACCGCUUUUGUCCACUCUCUGUAUUUAUAUCCUAAUCUUUUAGUCUGAUGAAAUGUCAUUAUUGUCCACUUAACUUUUCUUAAUUCCGAUUAUUGAGUCCUGAUUAAUUAAUUAUUUUGCUCAUGAUUUACUUCA